CAACCGCAAACGUAGUAUUCUAAGCAGCACUUGAGAAUCUUAUCGUGCAAAAUCACUUCAAAAGAAGGAACUACUUGUUGACAAUGGCUGAUUUGAGGGACGAAAGAGGAAACCCAAUCCAUCUAACCGACGAACAUGGUAACCCGGUCCAGCUCACUGAUGAGUUCGGUAACCCCAUGCACCUAACCGGCGUUGCUACCUCCGCCCAACAACAACUGUAUAGGGAUAGUACCACCAGUGACAUUGCAGAGCACCCUACUAGCACCAUUACCGGAACACAUCCGGUCUCUACGGGAACGCAUUCGGCAGUUGGUCCAGCAGCCGCUGCCACUGCUGCUACCGCGACAGGAGUAGCCGCAGGUACCGGAGCAACCACCACAGGACAGCAACACCAUGGCUCAACCACCACAGGGCAGCAACACCAUGGCUCGCUUGAAGAGCAUCUUCGUCGGUCUGGAAGUUCAUCUAGCUCUAGCUCGGAGGACGACGGGCAAGGAGGGAGGAGGAAGAAGAGCAUAAAGGAGAAAAUCAAAGAGAAAUUUAGUAGCGGUAAGCACAAGGAUGAACAAACACCCGCCACAGCCACGACCACCGGACCUACUACCACCACUACCACGACCACGGAACACCACGAGAAGAAGGGCAUUCUCGAGAAGAUCAAGGACAAACUUCCCGGCCACCACAACCACAACCACCCAUGAACACCAAUCCGAUGAACUUAAUUUUCAUCAUUUCAUGAAUAAAAAGGCCCAUGGUCACUUGUCAGUCAUAUAUAUAUAUGUGGUCUAGUCGAGUUCAAAUGUGUUUGCAGUUUGUGAAUGUGACAAUCGUUUGAUCAUGUCUUUGUUUUAUUUAUAUAAAAAUGGAUUGUAUAUUGCAUUUUUCUCAAUUAACAACGGUCGAAUUAAUA